AUGUCGACCAUGGAGUGUUUGAGAUCCUUCGACAGUUCCCAGCUACCAUCUGCGCCACCCCUCGACGUCGUUGCGAACAAAUCUUCGGCCACCACGAAGCAGUCCCAGCCUUCUUGGAUCGCCAACCUACGCCACAAAGCUUCGAUUGGAUUGAGGGGAUAUGAUUACCACUUGUGCCGCGCUGAGAAUGCUGUACCCAGCGAGAAAACCUCGGAUGAUACGAUCUCAAUUACAUACAAUUCGAACUCGAUAUUUGCUCCUGCGAACCAUCAUCCCGAGCUGUUAACGUCAAUUUCCCCUAAGCAGAUUGGCAUCGAUGCCCGGGUUCUCCGCAAUGCAGACUUCCGAAAGAGCUCGUCUUUGUCCAAUGCUACUUCCGUCGACAAUCCAUUCUCGGACGAACCCUCCGUGACUCCACCGGAAAUGCUUAAACUCGAGACCGACACCCAGCAAGCUCACGAUCCCCUUGCAGAUUGCCAUCCGACCCCGGAUAGUUUUAAGGUUGUCGAUGACCCCAUUCCUGAUCCGUUGACAGCCGCCCAACAAUAUCGUACUCAACAAGGCUCGUUCUGGGAGAGUGUCAAACGUGUCCUAGCGACAUCUUUCCUCCACCCUGCAAAUCUAACAGAAACCGAGUUUGUCUCGUUGGUUUGCACCCAUGGAGAACAAAAACCAGCAUGGUUUGAGAAGAAUAGGCUCCGCGUAGCACAUCGUGCUGUAAACCAGUGGGUUACGGCACACAAAACCUUAAUCAAUGCUGGGAUACCUCCGAGGGAGCUGAGGGGGCGCCUUCUGGAUGCUUUUGAGUGGAUGGACAAAACAGAGCAAAAUAUGUUCAUCCAUAGCUACAAACUCCUGCAGAGGCACAUUCUGAUGGAUGCCGCAAGCCUCAAUCUCACAUACGCAGAGCAGGAGAAAUUCCUGUCUCUAGCUCUUCCCGGGAAGUAUGACUUUGUCAAAGCUUAUAGGGUCAAUCAGAUGAACGAACUUUGGAAUACCACGAAGUCCACACGUCGCAGGCCAGUUAAACCGAAGUUCAAGGGUGUGAGAAGAGCCAAAGCGAAGCCGCUGAGGGUUCGCAAGCCAAGACCUGAUGAACUGCGAAACCGCACCUCUCCCAGCCAAAGUUGCGAUGAGGCGAAUAAUGAUCAACCUCACAAUACCAGCUCUGAACACGGAUCCCGAGAGGUGUCUGUUUCGGCUCCAGGCACCGGAGAAGCACUCACAUCGUUGAGCACAAUCGCUGUUGAUAAUGAUGUCUCUCUUCAAGGUUCCAAGGUAGAUAGCGGCAUUGAGAAUGUUCCGCCUCGACGUCACACGAUAAGUCGGCAGGCUCUAGGCGACGUAUCCGAAGUCCCUUAUAAAGCUCCGACCCCUAGGGAGAAGUCGGGCAAAGCUCGUAAAGAUGGGAGAAUUGUCGAUGACAAGAUCACAGCCAAUCCCUUCGAGAUCGGAGAAUACAAUCCAGCUGGGCCCCGAAUGUGUCGUACGGAUUCGGCUGUAUGUUUAGAAAGGAGUCAUCCCCGGAGAAACUCAGUCUCAGCCACGACGUUCUAUUGCCAAGGAGCUGAUGGGAACUAUGAUGCCCGAACUCUCAAGAAGUCCCUGACCACCAUCACUUCUAAAGCCUCAGCAACCACCAGCAAGAGCAUACUGAAGAAUUCUCCAUCUGCUGAUCCGGACAUAUCCGAGGAAGAUGCCAAGGGCUUUCGUAUCGAGUUCGUAGAACGCCGGUCUGUUUCUUCUAAGGCAUCCGAGUCAACACCUCCUGCCCCUUCAUGCGAGCCUGCAUCUGUUGAGAGCGAGUCUCGCAACGACUCGGGUGGCACGAAAUGCUUGAGAAAGAAGAUCAGCACCUUCUUUGGAACUCUCGCGCGACGGGAAAAGGUUGUGGCGAAAGAUACUGACGCUUAA